AUCCUUGCAAAAUGGAAACCUCAGUGCCUCUAGCCAGUGAUAGUUUUUCAUAUAGUUGGUUAUCAAACUCUAAAUCCCCUGCAGAUACUCUUAGAGAAUCUGUUUAUAGUUCCUAUGGAGACACCUCAGAAGAAUUCAACUUCAGUGUGAAAAGCUCAGAUGAUUUAUUGCCAGAAUGCCAAAACUUUAAUUUUGAUAUUUCUAUCCCUCACUCACCUCUUCUUCUUGUUCCUGCUGAUGAAAUUUUCUCUGAUGGUCUUCUUAGGCCUAUGUUUGUUGACUCUUCCAAAGUAGAGUUUUGCAAUACCCCCUCAGAUUCUACUCUAAAUAAGCUUGUUUCUUCUUUUUCUUCAAGAACUAUGGAAAUUCAUCAUGGAUUCCUAACAAGGUGGAGAAAAUCGACCCGGCGAACCUUGGUGGAUUUCUUUAGGUAUGUCAACCAGUUAAGGCAGAAAGUAGGACGCUCAAGGAAGAGUAUUAGAGUUGAUGAUAUUGAUAAGACAGAUUGGCAAGUUAAAUGUUUGAGCAGUUCACAGACAGCAUCUCCAAAACUAAUUACAUCCCAUCCUAUUGGUGAUUUGCAUGAUCAUGAGAACUCAAUUUAUGAAGCAGUUCUCCAUUGUAAAAGAUCAAUAGGAAAAUGAUCCUUAUCAGGUAAAGAGAAGUGAAUUGUAGAAGGAGGAAGUGGAGAGCUCCUAGAAACAAUGGUGGCUGAUUGAGCAUUCCAACUUUUGUUCUUGGUGUAGUUUCUCUUUUCUUCUCUUUUAAAUGUUACCUUUUAUCUCUCUGCUAAACCAUGCAGUGCGUUUUGUUAGAUACUAGCCAAGGGAUUUAUAAUACCAAAUUUCAGGAAAUGUUGGAUCCUAUUGCUACUUGAUUUUGUAUAGGUAAUAAUCAAUAUCACAACUAUGCAUGUUUUACUUAUAUAUUAAAAGACAAUUUUAGCUGGAGGUUUUGGAUCAAGGUUACCCUAAGGCCUAAGCAAUGAAAUUAAUGCUUCUAGCACAUAAGCUCUGCCAAGAGAAAACAGGAUGUCCAAUUUGUAAACAAUGAUAAGAGUUUAAAAGAGAAACCUAAAUCUUUAACAGCUUGAAUUAUCAUCAUAAAAUGUUGGGUUAUAGCUAAUAAAGAUCACCAAAGGACCAUCACAAGUCUUUGUAUUCUCUUUCUUCAGUAGUAUUUCUUUCCCAAUGACCAAAAAAUAAAGUAGCAUUUCUUUCCCAUUCUCAAUGUUAUUUCCUAGAGAGGUAGGGGUCCCUCUAAAUGUCAAAUGCUUUGAAAAAACCUCAUUUUUCUGCCUUUGUGAGACAAGGUAUCAAGACAUAACGUGCUACACAUAUAGCAGGGUGGCACUUUGUGCAAGAGUGUUUCUCUGUGGUUGCUAUGUUAAGCAUUCACAAACUUAAUCUGACUGCAAUUGCAACAAACCAACAAGGGCAGGAACUGAGCCAGAAAAAAAUUAAUGGGAUAAUCAAACUAUAGUAUCAAUGAAAGUCUAAAAGAAUAAAAUAUAAUAAUAUUAAAGAAAAAUUUUAAUUUCUCAAUGUUUCACAUUCACAACAAUUUCGGGGAUAGAGAACAAUUUUUUUUUCCUUUGAGGUAGUAAACUAUAUUUAUAUUAUCUACCCCAAAACUUUAGAAAAAAUAUAUAUUCUUCUCCAGACAUGAAGUAGUUAGGGAAUGUUUGCUGCAGAACACAAAAUCAUAACCAAAGAGAGUGUACCUGAGUGAAGAUGUUAAAAGGUCAACCUGAAUAUUUUACAAAAAACUUGGUAUAUAUGUUUGGAUUUCAACUUUAUUAGUGAUCUUCUAGUGUGAAUAUUUCAUUUAUGUCAUUGACAUUUACUAAUUCAUGGCACACUUAGAAAAGGUUAUCAUAUCAUAUGCUCCCCGUUGAAAAUAAGCCAGACAAGGAGGGCACAAAGGACAAAGGAUGUUAGAAGAAAAAUCCAUAUGUGACUCUAUCACCAUAAUUCCUGCAUCUAAUUUGCAUUCUUUGUUCUCUUGUUGAAAUAUACUUACUCCUUAUCUAUGAUGAACCCACUAGAAAGUGACCUUGAUCAUCACUGAGCCUCUCUUCAACUCCUUGAAGCUUCCCUAACUAAUGUAGACAACAUGUCACUACACUGCAUUGCUUGUGAUCAUAAAAUCAUUGCCCAUCCCACUCAAUGUGGCAUCUGUUCAAACAUGCUCUUGACAAAUAGGGCAACCCAGUGGUGGAUGGUAUUCGGCUGGCGGUUUCCAUGGCCCAACAACAAAGUUUUCUUAAAGACUAUUAUUUUUUAAUAAAUGUUUAAUCAUUGAUCACAACAAAUAAAAAAAUUGUCAAUUCUAAACUUUAUUAUCCCUUUUUCUUUUAAGAUAAAAUAUCUGACUCCCCUCAUGGAGGCCAUGAAAGAAGGAAUGUAACAACACUAAUAAUUGUUAGAAAACUAUAAGACGUUCUUUGUGCUGAUUGAUACUUGCUUGUUUUAUAGCUAAGGCAAUUUCAAGAAAACAUUAGUAGUUAGUGGCCACAGCAGGUUACAGUAAGUUGAUAUUAAAUUAUGAAUCAGACAAUAAAUUUAAUCAUAAAAUUUAUUAAAAUUUUGUAAUUUUUUAGAAGUUUUUUCAAUUAACUUCCUCAAAAUAUGAAGUGUAUAAAUUGAUUUAAUCUAUAAAAAAUAAUUAUUUGUUUUAUAUAUUUUAUUAUACAAAUAUUUUUAUGAAAAUUUAUUCAAACGAGCUCUACUGAAUAACCGAAACAUAAAAAAUCAAAGAGAACUUGUGCAUGACAAUAACUGUACAAUAUUUCACUUGGAUGAAAAUGUGGCAGAAAUGUAUUGAUUAAGAAAUGAACAUAUGUUGGAACUGCAUGGUGAAAUUUCAACCAUCGACACGUGUUGCAUUGUGAGCAAAGGUGUGGUUUUGACAAUCACACGUAUUUUAUGAUAAAACAUGUUUGAUGGUUCUUAAGGAAAGGGUCCCAAUUAAUUAGAAAAGAAGUGGUUGGGGACCAGUUCCUUUUGUGUCACUUGCAUGCUGCUCACAUUAUCAUUUUCUUACAGUUAUGGGCAGUUGCAGCAUUAGAUGAUUAGACUUGAACUUGGAUGUAGCUCUUCAGCCAGAAGAGAAAACGUUUACAGCUCAAUUGGAGAUUAAAAUGUUCCAAUGCCACAAACUCAUCAACAUUCUUAUAAU